CAUUCCUGAUAUUUGGCCAUGGGAAAGCUAUUCAUCGGAUGGACCUCGAUGGGAAGAACCAGAGAAGGCUCGUGGCCGGAGUGGGAAGCUCGAUGCUGCUGGACUUUCAUUUCCGAGAGGAGAGCGUCUACUGGGCGGACAAACACACGGGGGUCAUCUACAAGGCGUCCGUGAGAGGAGCACACAGACAGAAACUGUACUCAUCCGACAAAUAUGUCUCGGGCCUCGCAGUGGACUGGAUUUGGAACCGUGUAUAUUGGACAAGUGGGAAAAAGGGAAAAAUCAAGACAAUGGAUAUAAAUGGGGGAAAUGAAAGGACUCUUUUAAGACACUUGACCCAACCACAUUCUAUCAACGUUCACCCCACGAGCAGGUUUCUUUUUUGGCUGUCUGGCGGGACGACCCCAAGCAUCCAGCGGUCCGAUGUGACAGGACGGAUGAAAACGACACUUAUUAAGAGAGCAGAACAACUGGAAGCCCUGUCAGUUGACCGAGAGGACAACAGACUGUUCUGGGUUCAGUUUGGUCUCCAAGGAGAGAGUGUCCUUGCCUCUUGCGAUUUCAACGGCAACGUCCUGCAAAUCGUGGAUCGGCCACUUUGGUCUCAGUCACCGGGGAUAUCAGUUUUCAUGGAGCACUUGUACUACACUGAUGCAGCAUCUCGGGUUAUAAAACAAGUAAACAAGUACGCUGGUGGAGAGCCACUGAUCGUUAACAUAAAACAAAUGGCAAAACCCCCAGUUAAUAUCAAGGUGGUACACCCCCUCAACCAGCCAAUGGCAGACUCCCAAUCAUCUGUUCCAGGUUGUGACGAACAGAGUGGAAAGUGCGUGAAUGUGUGUUCCAGUCUGGCCCAGCAGGGGGCGUGCCAAUGCGCCGAAGGCUUUGCUCUUAUGAAGCAAGGCAUUUAUUGUAAAGAUGUGAAUGAAUGUGCGAACUGGAACCACGGCUGCUCUCUCGGUUGUGAAAACUUCCCGGGCUCCUAUUUCUGUACCUGCCCCAAAGGGUAUGGCCUCCUCCCGGACAGGAAGACGUGUGGAGAAAUUAUACCAUGCGAAGGCAAUGUGACCAGGAGGUGUGGUCAUGGAUGCCUGACGACAGACGAGGGUGCUGUCUGUGUGUGUCCUGAGGGAUCUUCACUGCAGGAGGAUGGACAAGCCUGUACUGGCUGCUCGUCUGCAGACAGAGGGGGUUGCAGUCAGCUCUGUACUCCCGUCAGACCUGGCGGGUGGAGGUGUGGUUGUCUGCCCGGCUACCAGCUCCACCAAGACGGCAGGCGCUGCAUGGCCUCCGGUGAGUCACGCUACGGCAAAGCCGUCCGUAUUACAGCGGGGGGGUUACAUCUUAACUGCAGCACAUCCCAUCAUGACACAAUGCAUUUCUAUUCCUCAGGACCACCGCCGUAUCUACUCGUGGCCAAUCUAGUGGACGUACGAGAAGUUCAUCCGGAAGGCACCAGGGAUCAAACCCUGGUGGAGGAUCCUAGAGGAACAAUCAUAGCUUUGGACUAUGACCCUGUCCAGAAAAUUGUGUACUUUGCCAGCGUCAGCCGGAAGACAAUUGAGCGGGUGGAUUUGAAUGGCGGCUCGAGGGACGUUCUCGUCUCGGUCGGUUUGGACUCUCCGGAGGGACUGGCGGUCGACUGGGUCCACCGCACGAUGUACUGGACGGAUAAAGGCCAGUCCACUGUGGACUGCAGUGCCUUAACUGGGCGGAACAGAAAAACCAUCAUUAGCAAAGGGCUGGAAAAACCACGGGGAAUCGCGGUUCACCCUUUGGCAAAGAAGUUGUUCUGGACUGACAUCGGGGCCCGUCCUGUGGUGGAACGGUCCUCUUUGGAGGGGGAGGAGCGCGGCGUCAUCGCUAGCGCCGACCUCGUGUCGCCGAGCGGCCUGACCAUCGACUUCACAGAGGACCGCCUGUUCUGGUGCGACCGGAGGAGGGGCCUGGUGGAGACCGCCGCCCUGGAUGGCUCGGACCGACGGGUCCUGUUCGAGAACCAAGUAGGUCGACCUUUUGACCUCGCGGUAUUCGAGGACCGCUUGUGGAUGUCUGACGGGGAGCACCAGCUGCUGAGCAGCGUUCACAAGCGGACCGGGAAAAAACUGCAGCGCGUCCGCGGCAACAUGGUCCAACCGGCGUCCAUCGUGGUGGUUCAUCCCCUCGCCAAGCCAGGGGCCGACGUCUGCCUUCACCUGAAUGGAGAUUGCGCCCAGGUGUGUGAGAGCAAACUGGGCGUCGCCCACUGCUCCUGCCUGUCGGGCCACGCCCUCUCAGCCGAUGGAAGAAGUUGCACGCCCGCCGCCGCCUCCAGUGGAACAGCGGAAUCCGGAGGCGGAGAUUCGACGUUUGUCGAGAUCAAAACACCCGCGACGACGCCCGAUGAAGCGGAGCCCGACUCGGACUCGGGCGACGAAGGCCGUGAGCCGACGCUCGACGCGGACCAGAUGGUUUCGGACCAGAGCGCGUGCUCCGCCCUGGGCUGCGAUGUCAACGCACAGUGCCUGCUGCGCGGCGGCAGCCCCAGCUGUCUGUGUCUGGGUGGUUUUACCGGUGAUGGACAGCUGUGUGCCGAGUUGAAGACCGCGUCGCCGUGGGUGACGACCAGUAGCCCCGCUGAUGUUGCCACCCAGGACCACAACAGUAACUCCGUGGAGAGUUGCCCGUCGUCCCACGAGUCCUACUGCCUGUACCAGGGCGUCUGCUUCUACUUUCCUGAGAUGGAGUCGUACGCGUGCAAUUGUGUCUCGGGCUACAUGGGGGAGCGUUGUCAAUUCAGCGACCUGGAGUGGUGGGAUCUUCAGCAGGCCGAGGAGGAGAAGAGGAGGAACGUGGUGAUCGCGGCCUGCAUGGUGGCCCUCGUCUCCCUGCUCUCGGUCGCUGCCUGUGGCACCUACUGUUACGGAACCAGAACAUUCUUCCACAAACAUCCCUCGGUGGAUAACGUGAGUGAGACCAGCGAGACAGACAUGUCGGAGACCACCACUGCCAGCGUGGCUCGGUUCUACAUGGUGGCAGAACAUGGUGUGGAAGGGAUGGUCAUCCCGGCCUUGGGCUGCCCCAGAAGAGCUGUCUGUCCUUCCUGCUCUUCAGAAACAGGUGACAACCAUGAGUCGGGAACAUUGUCCAAACUCAACCGAGGCUAUGAGUGUUCCAUGGUGUCGGCUGUUGCCGUGGAGACCCGUCCCUCGCUCAAGUCCGACUCCGACGAGCUCAUGUAGUCUUUCAAGUCACCAGACCCAACAUCCCCCCCCCACACGCACACGCACACGCACAUAUGCUGUAACAUCUGGCCCGUGUGCAAAGUGGUAAAUUAAGAGUUUUCAUUUCAAAACAACAAACCUCACUUAAUGACCAUAAAUGUAUUUGUUGUAUUUUUGGGGUAAGACUAAUACAUGGUUUACUACUCUCAUCUGUAGAUUUCAAUUACACACAACUUGAUUAAUAGCACACCGGUUCAUGAGAACUAUUACAAGUAUCUGCAGGCUUUACACAGAAUAAAUACAGAAAAGUCGUUGAUAUUACAAGCGUAUUAUAUUAUUAUUAUUAGAUUAUUAUGUCAUGAGACAAAUACAAACACUGGCUAGUUAGCAUGACAAAGGAAAGUUAAACUAUAGUUUACACACAGAGACUGUUAAAUACCUGAAAAAGACUCGUAUAUUAUAUGAUAAACAAUUUUCCAAAAUGCAGUAUUCGGAAUGAAACUCUUCCCUGCAUUGACAUUUAUUUACCUGAUAUUGUAGCUGACAAUAGCGUAGACUAUGUAAUGUAAAAUACAUACGUGUACUAUGGACAGUAUGUCUCCGCAGUAGACCUUUAAGUAUAUUUGUAAAAGUUAAAAAGCAAAUAUAAGAAAAGAAUCACAUAAAACAAGUGAACAGAAACAAUGAAAUAGUGUCAUAUUUCUUCCCAUUGCUCAUUUUUGAAAAUGAAUUAAAGAUCAAGUAGAUGAAGUUA